AAACGGUGACGUCACGUGGUGAACAAAAACGGCGACCGAAGAGUCUAAAUGUGGCCGUCCACGUUCGCCAAGCUGGACCAAAGGGUGAAGGAAUGUGGACGGCUUCUGCGCAGGCGCAGAGUGGGGUGACGGCUUUGUGCUCCCGCUUUAGAAGACAUGUAACACCCACGUUCACUUCCUCAUUGGGAAGACAGUUUAAACAACAUCACGAGCUACAACGUUCCAGUUCACGUGGAGGAGUCGGCCUGCCUGGAGCUGAGCCCGCACCUUCACGCGCAUGCGCACAACCCCAGCAAGGCGUAGUUUGGAAAACGACUCCCUCAUGUGAGAGCAAUAAGAUAAACUGGACUUAAAAAAUAAAAUUCUACAAUCUGUACUCAAACUUUGCUGAUCGUGGCUGAUCUAAAGCACAUUUAGUUGGAAAUCACCUGACUGCAGACAAAGGUGUCCAUACCUGGAUUGCACCUGACCUGACAGAGCUUUAAUGUUUUUCCCUGGAAAAAUCCAUCCGGUGGCGGAGGUGUUUCUUUUGGCAGCAGGUCGAGUCAGCUGACAGAACGAAUGUCCUGAAAGACCGGCUUCUUCAGGAAUAUUCCAGCAGUUUGGGGGAAUCUCUGCAGGGCUGCGGUUUGGUGUUGAAGAUGGAGGCCACAGCCUGACCUGAGGAGGAGCCAUGCUGCGCUGCAGGAAGUGUCGCAGAGCCAUCGUCCACUCAGAGUGCCUGUCAAAGCAGGCCUCAGAUGACAGUUCAGCUGCGGUUUGCAGCGUUUGGCACGUGAAUGUGGAGCAGCUGCCGGAGUGGAUCCUGACGUCUGUUCACCAGAGCCAGUGGACUGCAGGAAGACUGAACUGCCAUAACUGCAGGGCUCGUUUGGGAGGGUUUAACUUCGUCAACCGCACCGUGUGCCCGUGCGGUCUGGACGCCGCCGUGCACCUGAGCAAAAGCAGGGUGGAUCAGGACCACAGGCACCGCGUCCUCUUGGUCCAGCCGAGGAGCUCCAGGCCGGGCGGAGGACAGAACGGCCUGCUGACGGACAGCUAUCAGGGAGAUGAGGCGUCUGAGCUCAGGGGAGCGGUGCCGGACGUCCUGCAGCUCCACUGCGUUGCCGCUGCGCCUGGCUUCAGGCCUGCAGAGGGGGCCCUCCCCCUCGGGGACAGGGAAGACGCUCAGCUGUUUUCCUUCAGCCCCCUGUACUGCAUCCCUCACAGGAGGUGCAGCCUGGAGGAGGACGGGGACUUCGGCUCGUGCUUUUGCCCUUCAGCCCCGCACUCCUCCAGCCAGCAGGUUCGCUCAGAAGCUGUGUUUGAGGGCGCGCUGGUGCGCCCGGCGCCGCCCUGGCAGGGACUGCAGCGACGGCCCCUGGAGUCUUCUGGGGAUGAAGCGGGUUCAGAACUGCUCCUCAGAAGAACGUCUGGCUUCGACAGAGCAGCUGAGCGGGAAGAGGAAGUCCUGCGUCAGGCCACUCUGAGCCCCCCCGCUCCGACGCUGAGCCGGAGGGAGAAGAAUCAUCUGAAGAGUCAGAAGAGGAAAGAGAGGAGGAGAGAGCGGUGGCUGCACCGUCAGCUGGAGGAAGAGGAGGGGGGGGCCCUGCACAAUGCGGACAAGGCGGCGGACAGGGAGGCCAUGACCUGCGCCGUGUGUCUGGACAUCUACUUCAGUCCGUACAGCUGUCACCCCUGCGGCCACGUCUUCUGCGAGCCCUGCCUCCGCACGCUCACCAAGAACCGGCCCGCCAACACCCCCUGCCCGCUGUGCCGCACCGUCAUCUCCCACACCAGCUUCCACCAAGAGUUCAACCAGACCUCAAAGACUCUGUUCCCAAAAAUUUACUCCAGCCGGCAGACCAGCUUCAGGAACUCCUCCUGUGCCAAGUGGCCGCUGCCCAGCCAGCGUAAACACUUCUCCGGGUUUUGGGAUUACCGUCGAAGUGCUACGAUGGCGGGAAGGCGCUGGCACUUUGUCCACGGGGGCUUCACGCUGGAAGCUCUGAACUUCCACAGCAUGCGGCGCUGGCUGUUGGACAUCGGCCUGGUCAUCGUCUACGUCCACUCGCUCAACUGGAUCCUGAUCCUCCUCUUCCUCUGCAUCCUGAUGUACUACUUCUUCUUCUGAGUCCCAGAAGCACGGCAGCUUUUGCAGUGCAGCUCUGUUUUCAGGCUGUCGGGGGGGCGGGGGCGUUGCCAUCAGUCUUUUAUAUCUUCUGUGUUUUAACUUGAAACAAUACGACUUGAAAAAAGCUUUGUUUUGGGUUUUUAUCUUUGGAUUUCAGGUUGGAGGCGCCUGUUUGUGUGGGUUUAUUAUUAUUAUUAUUAUUUUACAGUGAAACCUUUAAGUGGAACAUUUGAGUCAUGACGACGGGGCAAAGCAGUGAUCAUAAUUCAGCUUUUGUUUCAGAGUGAGAUGUGAAGCUCUGGCUGAUUGUGUUCUUCAAAUGGAGACAAAACGCUGCCAGCUUAAGCUGAAAAGGUGCUGCUCUGCGGAGUAAAUGUGGGCGCUUCAGGUGUGGAUACAGUUCAGUACGGUUUCAAAAAAUCAUGAAAAUGCAACACAGUGUACGCUGGUGAAUUUUGCUUGGGAUCACUUCUUAGGACUCUUUCAAAUAAGCUAAAAUAAAAUAAAAAUGAGCUGUUUACAUAGAAUAUUAUUUUGUACUUUCUGAUUUAACCUGGACAUUUUUGAAACUCGCCUUACUGAAACUCAUUAAAUCCUUUCUGUCAAACUGUU